CGUGUGUCGUCUGGCCAAUCAGAAAGCUGGAGGCCAGAGCAGGAAGUAAGUGACCAUGUGGGCUGCAGAGGGGUGAGCGGAAGUCAGAGAACAUGCAGGCCGCAUUAGAAAUAACCGCCAAAUAUUGCCGCAAUGAGAUGGAGGAGUAUGGCCAGUGUGUCACCAGCAAACCAGGGACAUGGCAACAGGACUGUCACCAGCUGAAAGUAAAGGUGGCUCAGUGCACCUCCUCCCACCCGGUUAUUCAGCGCAUUCGCUCUCAGUGUUCGGAACCUUUUGGGGCAUUUGAGCAGUGCCUGAAGGAGAACCAAGCAUCUGUGGAAAACUGCACAAAGCAUGUCACGGAUUUCCUCCGCUGUGCGGAGAGUGUCAAGCUUACGGAAUAGCGCCUUAGUCUCCAUGGUGGAGCAUGGGUUACUGGCUGUUCUGAGCCCCAAUCGGCAGUGUCUGGGUUUUGCUGUGCAAGGCCGCCUCCCUGUCCUCUGCGUAACAAAGUCAAUGAAUUUAAAAGGCUCCCAAAAUCACCAAUUUCUUGAACAACGGACCUUGUAACCGUAUGUAGUUUGUACCUUGCAUGAUGCGUUGGAGAAACGAUAACUGAUUUGUAUAGUUAGGGCCCUGAUGUAUUUAAAUAUUUUGACUAUUAAACACUGUAUUUAUGAUA